GUCUGGGACAAAAGUGAAAAUGGGGAUUGGCAUUGCACUGCUAGCUGGAAGACACAUAGUGGAUCUGUGUGGCGUGUGACAUGGGCCCACCCUGAAUUUGGGCAGGUCCUGGCUUCCUGCUCUUUUGAUAGAACAGCAGCUGUAUGGGAAGAAAUAGUGGGAGAGUCAAAUGAUAAACUCCGAGGCCAGAGUCACUGGGUAAAGAGAACCACUCUAGUAGACAGUAGGACAUCUGUUACAGAUGUGAAGUUUGCACCCAAGCAUAUGGGUCUUAUGUUAGCAACCUGUUCAGCAGAUGGAGUUGUAAGGAUUUAUGAAGCUCCAGAUGUGAUGAAUCUCAGUCAGUGGUCACUGCAGCAUGAAAUCUCAUGUAAGCUAAGCUGCAGUUGUAUUUCUUGGAAUCCAUCAAGCUCUCGAGCACAUUCUCCAAUGAUAGCUGUAGGAAGUGACGACAACAGUCCAAAUAUAUUGGCUAAGGUUCAAAUUUAUGAAUAUAAUGAAAAUACCAGGAAAUAUGCAAAAGCAGAAGCUCUGAUGACAGUCACAGAUCCUGUACAUGAUAUUGCAUUUGCUCCAAAUCUGGGAAGAUCCUUCCACAUCUUAGCUGUAGCAACCAAAGAUGUACGAAUUUUCACGUUAAAACCUCUAAGGAAAGAAUUGACUUCAUCUGGAGGAUUAACAAAAUUUGAAAUUCAUAUUGUGGCACAGUUUGAUAAUCACAACUCCCAGGUGUGGCGAGUGAGCUGGAAUAUUACGGGCACAGUGCUUGCCUCCUCCGGUGAUGAUGGCUGUGUUAGGCUCUGGAAGGCUAAUUACAUGGACAACUGGAAGUGUACUGGUAUACUGAAAGGUAACGGCAGUCCGGUGAAUGGCAAUUCUCAGCAGGGAAUUUUUAAUGCCUCUCUAGGUUCAGCCAAUACAAGUCUACAAAAUUCACUAAAUGGAUCAUCUGCCAGCAGGUAUUUCUUUCCCCCUCUGGAUUCCCCACGGGCUGGAUCGAGAUGGUCCAGUCACGCCCAGCUCCUUCCUCCUCCUCCUCUGAUAGAGCACUCUUGCGAUGCUGACACUGCCAACCUCCAGUAUGCCCACCCUCGCAGACGAUGUGUAUCUCGGCCUCUUAAUCUAUUACCUGAGAACGAAGGGGUUUGACAGGUUACUUUAAAUUCUGAAGGGCCUUAUUCUGGUGUUUGUGAAUGCUUACAUUUCUGGCUGCCUUUGUAUUUCUUCCCUCAUACAGAAGAUUUUAAAAAAUGUGGGAACUUCAUGCAUGUUUUGCAAAACAAACUACAUUUGGAACAUGUUGUUUAUGUGUAUCAAAGGAACAUUUUAAUCUGUACCCUUUGAACUAUGGCAACACAUACAAACAGUAUUAACCAUGAGCUAUUUACGGAGUAGCUGACUACAAUGUGCCUGUCUUUUUUUUUUUUUUUUUCCUUUUAUUUUUGGAAUCAGUUUAUUAUGGUCUCAUAUUUUUCUUUCUUUUUGUAUUUUGCACUGGCAAAUGUGAAAUAGAUUCUCAAAAUUAAACAUUACUUCAAGAAG